ACUAACUACACUUCCGGCAGAUUUUGUCAAAUUUAGUUGAUAUUAACGUUAGACUACGGGGGAUAACAGUUCCCCGAUAGACCCGGAACUCUCCUGGGCUUACGAACUCAAUCAAUCAAUCAACUGCUUGUCCCCUGCUUAAAAUAACUCCGCAUGCAGCGUAUUCCAUGCCCGCACAUUCGUGCAACCCCAGCAUUUUCAAUUCUCGUACAAUAUUUGUCUCUUCUCGCUCGGAUUUGGCCCCCGCCGAAAAAGACUCCCUGGGUGAGGUGAAGAGUAUUAUGUAUGUACAAGGUGAGUGAGAGCGAAAGGGUGUCAGGUCAGGGCCGAAAUCCCAAUGGCUCAGGUGACGGAACGACAAAACGCUUGACGCAGUAGGUGGCCAGCUUUGUGUGAGGCCAAUGUGGACAAGACCAAUAGAACGACGCACAUGAGGGGCAGUGCCCAGAAUGCCAAGAGUGCCAAGCCUUGGCACUCUCAAUCUGCCAUCAAACUAGGUGUAGCUCGUGCCAAGAGCUACUCUCCUCCAUCACCACGCCGGUAUGGCCGAUUGUGUACCUGUCAGUUGUCAGUACCUCUGAUUCUUGCCAAGACUUUUGCCAAGACCCGCCAAGAAUCCCGCCGUCUUCAUUCUCUUGCCCAAGAGUUUUGGGUGAAUGUAAAGGGAGCUCACUCCCCCCGUCACUCAUUUAUCAAGAACGAACUCUCUUUUCAACAUCUCAUUCAUCUGUAAUCAUCCGUCUUUAUCAAUCAAUCUUGAACUUGUUUCCUUUCGACAAGUUUUGAUUGACCCUACCUUGAGAGACACCCAUCGUACCCUUGUUGAACUAAAGCAAGACCCUCUACACGCUGACUUAGUCUCAGUCAGUCAGUCAGUCAGUCAGUUAUACAGCAUCGCCACUCAGUGGGCUUGAUCAGAUAUCUAUCCCAUUAUUACAAUCAUUUUCCUUGUAUUGCCGUCAUGUCUCCUUCGGCUCCAGAGCAGAAGCCUCAGCUUCAACAACAACAACAACAACAACAGCAGGGCUCAUCAUCAGGAGAUUCAUCUUCUGGCAGUGUCAAUGACUCAAAGUCUGUAACGCCUGCGCCUAGCGCAACAUCUAAUACAUCCCAGAGCAGCACUGCUCCCUCGACAUCAAGCGACGAUAACCUUAUCUGCCGAUGGAAUGCUUGCAACCAAAAGUUCCCUGCUCCCGAGGCUCUCUACGAGCAUAUUUGUGAGCGCCAUGUUGGUCGCAAGAGCACAAACAACCUCAACUUGACUUGCCAGUGGAACUCUUGCCGAACUACCACGGUCAAGCGAGAUCACAUCACCUCGCACAUCCGUGUCCAUGUUCCUCUCAAGCCUCACAAGUGUGAGUUCUGCGGCAAGUCUUUCAAGCGUCCUCAGGACUUGAAGAAGCAUGUCAAGACCCAUGCCGAUGACUCUGUACUUGUUCGCCCAUCCCAGGAUCCUCAAGGUGGACUCAACUACAGGCCACAGCCUCCAAAGGGUAUGUCUCAUCUCGACUCUAGUCCACGGCUGUGGUCCUCCGGUUUUCCUUCCCUCGAGGCUAAUCCGCCUCCAGGCCCCUCUAGCUAUUAUGAUCACACUGGUCAGAUGCGAACUAACGCAGCUGCCUUUGCUCAUCAGGCAGGCCAUCCUAGUGGCGGUUACUAUGCUCCCCAGCCCUCUACCAACUAUGGUCUCUACUUCAACCAGCCUCCAAUCAACAAUGCCCGUACCGAGCACCUUGGAUACAGCGCUGCUGCCGGCGGUUAUGACCGAAAGCGCACCUACGACAUGGUUGACGACUUCUUCGGCAGCGCCAAGCGUCGACAGAUCGAUCCUUCGUCCUAUGCCCAGAUUGGCCGUUCCUUGAUGCCCCUCCAUGGCAACCUCUCAGUCCCCAACGGUCCUAUGACUGCUACCGAGCAGUACAUGCCUCAGCCUGCUCCCGCCCCGGUCCACGCUGGUCCUACCCCUAGCCAGAACCCCUUGGCUCAGCAAUACUACCUGCCAAUGCCCAGCGCACGAACUCAGAAGGAUCUCAUUCACAUCGACACCAUUCUUGGCCAGAUGCAAGACACUAUCUAUGAGAAUGCCAACCACGCUACUGCUGGUGUCCACAUCCACCACGCUGAAAACGGCUUCAAUGGUUACCGCAACACUCCUUCGCCUCCUACCUCUCACAGGUCUCCUACCGGCAUGCAUGUCGGAGCUGACGGCUACCAGCCUGUGUCUGCCGCUAGCAUGGCCUCGCCUAUGACGGCCAUCUCAUCUACCGGCACUCCUGCUGUUACACCGCCCUCCAGCUCCAUGUCAUACACAUCUGGUCACUCACCAAGCCCAUCAUCCUCUGCCAUGUCUCCUCAGUCCCGCCACGGCUCGACUGCCUCAGUCAUGUACCCCACUCUCCCCACAAGCCUCCCUGCUGUUAGCCAGGGUUUCGGCCACUCUGCUACAACCACUCUUGGCCCAAGCUUUGACGGCAGCGAGCGUCGCCGCUAUUCCGGUGGUAUGCUCCAGCGAGCUCGUGCUGGCCCUCUGCCUCUGCCUCACGAGGACACCAGUGGUGCUUCCACUCCCAAGGCUAGCGAGUCUGCUCUGUCUGUUGGCUCUCCCUCUUCAGAGUCCGAUGUCAGUGAUGCCACCCGUGAGCGUGAGGAGCAGUAUGACCGCUGGCUCGAGAACAUGCGAGUCAUCGAGACUCUUCGCGAGUAUGUCCGUGGACGCCUGGAGCGCAAGGAGUUCGUGGAAGACAACGAAUCACCACAAUCUAGCCACUCUGACGCUAUGGAUGUUGACCCCAAGAGCCCUCAAGCUCCUCCCAGAGAACUGGGUACUCCCCGAGAGGGAUCCUCUCUGUACCCUAUCCUUCGCAUGCCUGGCGCUUAGGUCAGUCCUUGAGUCAGCUGCUGGUUUGGCUGUACGUGUACUAUUAUCGUCUUAUCAUUUUCUCCGCAUCAAAGCAAUGCGGAAUGUUAUGUUCACGCGGUCUCAAUGUUGAUAUGAAGUCUGAACCAUUUGGUUCUCGGGUGCUCUGUAUUGAGCCUCCCACAAUAGCGGCUGGGAAGGGCAUAUUGUUUAGUUGGUGAAAUAUAAGGACAGAUGCGAUGCAAUGGACCUUGAGUCGGGAUUUCUUUUUCGUUUUUCUUCUCUUGUCAGCUGCUGCUUGACAAUCUUGUAGCCAAUCAAUGACGGGUUAUGAAUGAUAUAGGCAAAAAGGUGGCUCGGUUUUUGAGAUGACGUAGCAGGGAUUCUGAGUUAUCGAGUACUAUCAAUGAGAACAAUAUAAAAAAGUGCUGAACAAUCGUCCAAGACCAUCUUGACUCUCGCAAACAUCAUGUCUGAUGUCAUUGCUUGCAUUUGUUUACGAGACAUGUUACUCAAUCAAUACGAAGCAUCGUGAUGAUGGUCUCUGAAUAUGACCGACAAGCCACACAGAUUACGCACAAAGUACCUAACGCAAGGACACAUGCACUCCACGAUCAAAGAAACAAUGUAGGACGAGUAUUCUUCGAUACGUCGUCGUCUCCAUUCCAACCCAAAAAAGUCGAUCCCUGUAGCGAGUCCCGUGCUGACACCGAGGGCUGAAGCAGCGAUCUCUGUUGCGGGAUACAGCCAAGGACGGCCGUGCUGUGUCGAUCACCGUGAGGCUGUGAGAGGACAAACGUCACUUUGUAAGAUGUUGUGAUUAAGAAGAGCGAACCAACUAGUUUACGAUAGAUGAACGCAUUCUUGUUUGCGGAUGGUGUUUGUUGUUUCAUAGAUAUAACGUGGUUGUGAUGCAUGAUAGUGUUUGUUGCAUGCGGAUGAGUUGGAACGAUAUUGGUCUAGCAUUUAGCAUGUAUAGUAUUUAGCAUAUAAUUCAUUUAGCAUAUAAAGUAAUUAGUCUGUGAAUACCUAGGU